CAUAGCCAAGAAUAGAUUGAAUAUCUUUUUAUAGCAUGACUAUUUUCUGCGUUGUUUGUCAUUUUCAAGCUCUACCCAUUUCGCACCACACAUUAACGAAAAAUUCCCACUAAUUUAAUUUAACUUUGGCUUUUGGCUCAAUACAUCAGAGUAAAUUGGACCAUAUCUUCGUAUUACUUGUCGCGAAGUUAAGUUAUUCUAAUUUUUGUUCAUUGUGUAUCUGUACCCUCUUCAUUGCAAAACUAAGAUUUUUGUCACUUGAACAGACUCCAAAUGACGAUGAAUUCUAUAGCAUUUUCUUGCUGGUAUCAUGAUUUUUAAUUGGUGAAUGUAAAAAAAUUAAUCUUUGUCCAACUGGGUGGUACAAAAACCAAGUAUUUGAUUGCUCAUGACUCGGCUUGAGUUGGGUUGUUGUGAGUAGUGUUAAUUAAGUUAGUUGGGAUUUUGAGUAGUCCAGUCCAUUAAUGGAGUUGAAAUUGCUUGGCUCUAAAUCUGUGUCUUUAUCUGAGAUAGCUCUGCUGGAAAAGACUUAUUCUUGCCCUUUUUUGAGUCCAAGGCAUGUGGCUGCUGUUAGAUUUUCUCCGGAGUUCGGUUCUUGCAGAGGGAUGUCGCUAAAGGUGUCUUGUUCAAGUACUUCAAAUGGUACUUACUUGUCAAAGAAGGCUAAUAAGUCAGCUAACGAAGAAAAAAUUGCAGCAGAGAAUCAUUUGUAUCGGAUUAAUGGAGCAAAUGGUGCUAAUUCAAGUUUGUUUUCUGGAAAUAAGAGAUUGCUUGAUGCAUUUGAUGAUGAGUAUGGUGGAGUUGUUGUUGAUUCAACUAGAUUACCGAAGAAUUCAGAUGAUUUUGCUUCUUCUCUUCAUUUUUCCCUUUCUCAUUGGAAAAUAAUGGGAAAGAAGGGAAUUUGGCUGAAGUUGCCAUUGGAACGAUCAGAGCUUGUUCCCAUUGCAGUAAAGGAAGGUUUCCAAUAUCACCAUGCAGAACCAGGAUAUGUAAUGUUGACUUACUGGCUUCCUGAAGGACCUUGCAUGCUUCCCACUAAUGCUACCCAUCAAGUAGGAGUGGGAGGAUUUGUCAUCAAUGACAAAAAUGAGGUUCUUGUAGUACAAGAGAAAUUCUGUGCUCCAUCCUUUGUCGGUCUCUGGAAAAUACCGACCGGUUUCAUCCAUGAGUCAGAGGAGAUUUACUCAGGAGCAGUGAGAGAAGUUAAGGAGGAAACUGGUAUUGAUAGUGAGUUCAUAGAAGUUGUAGCAUUCAGGCAUGCUCACAACUUGGCUUUUGAUAAGUCAGAUUUGUUCUUUGUCUGCAUGUUGAAACCCUUAUCAACUCAGAUCAUUCUUGAUGAUCAUGAAAUUCAAGCGGCCAAGUGGAUGCCAUUAAUUGAGUUUGUAGAGCAGCCGUUAAUUCAAGGAGACAGUAUGUUCAAGAAAAUCAUAGACAUAUGCAUAGCUCGGCUGGGGAAAAGUUAUUGCGGAUUAUCUGCUCAUAAAUUGGUCUCCAAAUUUGAUGGUAGGCUAUCUUGCCUGUAUUAUAAUGUUAUUGACAUUGAAAAUAUUAACUGCAGAGCCAGUUGAUGGUGCCAUCCAAGCAGUACAGCACCGCAACUCCCACGGGGAAACCUCCUUAAUAGACGAAAUAUUCCUACUAUGUCAUUACCUUCCCUUGCCUCUUUCCUUGUGAAAUGCAUCUCUUAAUUAUUUCCACUUGGUGUGUUCGAGGAUGACAAACAAAGAUCAAGCUCAUUGAAUAACAAUUAACUAAGAGUAAAUAUUGCAACAUAUAAUUCUGCUUCUUGUUUUCAUUCUUGUUACUUCUGGAGAACUGGCUGGAGAUAAGUACAUGUGAUUUCAAAUAUGCCUUGUGUCUGUAAAUAUUCUCAACUCUCUGAUGAAGAGAAAAAUGUAGCUAUUGCAAAUGUGUGACUCUGAUAAAUAGCAUUUGCUUUCUGUUAGACUGUCACUGAUGUAGAAAUAAAGUUUUAGUCUACAAGAAUAUGAUCAGAUGAACUAUCUGACAUGUUUAAAUUCUGACGGAAUUUGAUCAAAAAAUAUUGAGAUUAUCUAA